UUUGGUGUAAAGGGGAUCGUGACGCCCUUUUUCCGCCGUGAGUAAGGGGCGAGACCGGCCACAUGCAGGCUGGAAAGUUUGCUCAUCGUGCCGGUCGUACGAGCACCGAAGUGAUCGAAUCCGGGAUGAUUGAUAAGAGGUACAGAUCGUCCUACCGGAACGCCAACCAAAUCGUGGAGGAAGGGUGACGGUUAAGGCCUUCGAAGGCCAGCAACAUCUACUUCGAGCAGCACACUUCCGAUUCUCUCUGGUGUCCGAUAAGCGGCAGGAGUGACGCGAAGAGGCGGCGAUGAUCGCUGGGG